GGGGAAUGACACCCAACCUCCCCCAGAAGUCCUAAUCACAGUAAGGACCCACAGCUGGGGUACCAGUUUAAGGAGGCACAGGUGCCACCAGAAGGUAGUGCAAGCCCACCUGCCCCCUGAUACACAUUAACCCUUUGAAGGGAACAGCCGCUGAAAGGCUUGCUUGCCAGGCCGCCCUGCUACUGUUCAGAGAUGGGCGCUGCAGGAACCUGGCGACCAAGCGCAGGCUGAGGCAUCGGGGCCAGAGUUGCACCCCCUCUGGCGGCCACGGGGUAGCCAGGUCCCGGGGGCGUGGUCACCCCGCCCCCUCCAGCAGGAGCCAAUGGGAGUCCAAGGCUCCGCCCCUGAGUAAUUGGCUCCGUGAGAGUAUUUAGGAGCGAAGCGUUCACGGAAAAACUCGGGAGAGCUGGGGAGAUCCGAGAAGGGAGUGCUGAGAGCGCAGGGGGCCCCAGAUCAACCUGGAACUGGGGGCCGGGAGCGGCCAGCUGUACGGGUCGACUUCACAUCUUGCCUUCCCUGCCAUCGGCGGCCUUUCAGCGCCACCCACGUUGAGCCGGGGCACAAGGGGGUGAGUCCCGGCGCAGCGACCCGCGUAGAGUUACUGGUCCCACCCCAGGUCAUCCGCGCCAUGGCCCGGCUGGUGCUGCUGGGCGCACUGCUGUGCACGCUGCGCGUGGGAUCAAGCACCCUGGACUCCGAGACCUUAUCGAGCCCCACGCCCCAUAACUGCCCCUACAAUUGCACCUGUGCCGCCGACCUGCUGAGCUGCGCGGGCCUUGGGCUGCAGGACGUGCCAGCCGAGUUACCUGCGUUUGCUGCCGACCUGGACCUGAGCCACAAUGCGCUCCAGCACCUGCCGCCCGGCUGGCUAACGCCCCUCUCCCGGCUGCGUGCCCUGCGCCUGGGUCACAACGAGCUGGAAGCGCUGAGUCGCGGAGUCUUUAUCAAUGCCAGCAGCCUGCGGCUGCUCGAUUUAUCAUCGAACGUGCUGCGGAGGCUCGGCCGCCACGACCUCCACGGACUGGGGGCACUCGAGAUGCUGCUUCUGUUCAACAACCGCCUGGCGCACUUGGACCAGCUCGCCUUCCGGGGCCUGGGCAUGCUCCGCCGGCUCUACCUCGGCAGCAACGAACUGGCCAGCUUCUCUUUCGACCACCUGCACGGUCUAAGUUCCACCCACCUCCACACCCUGGAUCUCUCCUCCAACCACCUGGGGCAAAUCAGCAUACCCGACCUGGCGGCGCUGCCGGCCUUUCUCAAGAACGGCCUUUACCUGCACAACAACCCGCUGCCCUGCGACUGCCGCCUCUACUACCUGCUGCAGCGGUGGCACCAGCGGGGGCUGAGUGCCGUGAGCGACUUUGCGCGUGAGUACAUGUGCCUGGCUUUCAAGGUGCCCACAUCGCGCGUGCGCUUCUUCGAGCCCAGCCGCGUCUUCGAGAACUGCUCGGCCGCCCUGGCUCGGGGCCUGGAGCAGCCGGAGGAGCAGCUGCAAGUGCAGGUGGGUCAGCCCCUGAGGCUGCACUGCAACACCAGCGCCCCCGCCCUGCGCGUGGCCUGGGUCUCCCCGCAGCACGAGCUGCUGGUGGCGCCAGGGUCCCCCAACGGCAGCAUCGCGGUGAUGGGCGACGGCAGCCUGGCCAUCAGCAGCGUGCAGCCGUGGCACGAGGGUGUCUUUGUGUGCCUGGCCACCGGGCCCCACCUGCACCACAACCAAACACACGAGUACAACGUGAGCGUGCACUUCCCGCACCCGGAGCCCGAGGCCUUCAACACCAGCUACACCACGCUGCUGGGCUGCGCCGUGGGCCUGGUGCUGGUGCUGCUCUACCUGUUCGCCCCGCCCUGUCCCGGCUGCCGCCGCUGCUACCGCCGCACCUGCCACUGCUGGCCCCGGGCGCCCAGCCCGCUCCAGGAGCUGAGCGCACAGUCCUCGGUGCUCAGCAGCACGCCCCCCGACGCACCCAGCCGCAAGGCCAGUGUCCACAAGCACGUGGUCUUCCUGGAGCCGGGCAGGAAGGGCCUCGACGGCCGCGUGCAGCUGGCCGUCGCCGAGGACUUCGACCUCUACAACCCCAUGGGCCUGCGGCUCAAGGCCGCCUCGGAGUCCACCAGCUCCACGGGCUCUGAGGGGCUGGUGAUGGCCUAGGCUGCCCGGGGCCCCGGCCUGGGUCACUGUCUGCCUGCUGCUCGCCCCACACCCUGCUGCCGUGCAGAGUACCGCCAGGGGCCGGCGGGGAGCACGGGCUGGGUCCUCCAGCCACCGGAGUGAGCCUCCACCUGCUCCACGGUAGCCCCACUCACCGGUGGGGGGGUUGGGGUCCCCAACCACCCUCCUGUCUCACCUCAGCACAGGGCUGCCUGCACCCCCUUCCCUUCGGGUGUGAGGACUGGAACCAGGGCCCGCCUGGGACAGCCCUUGCACUGGAGCCCCGGGGCACCCUCAGGGGCCGAGGCAGCCACCCAGGAGGGGUGGGAAGGGCUGAGGUAUCAGCACGUCCCCCUCCCCAAGGAAACAGCAAGGGAGCAGGCACCGAGAGAAGGGGGGAGGGCUCCCAAGGAAGACCUGGCCCCCACCCGCAGGCCGGGAGGAAGAAACGAGCCCUCCGCUGGUGAGAGCAGACUCCACCCACCAAUAUCCAACCUGCUUCCAGUUCCCAAAUCCACGCCGAGUCCGGAGGGUAGGCAUGAGGCUCCUCCGCAGACCCCGGGGGUCUGUCCUGGGCCCAGACAGGGUGGCCCUGCUGCCUCUGAGGCCAGGUGCAUCACAGGCCACUCUGUGGGCACAGCCUCUCCCGAGGGCUCACGGACAGCAGUCAGGGGCACGGUGGCCGGCGCCCCCAGCUUGUUAGCAGUGAAAAGCCUGCUGAGCAAUGGCCCAGAUGGGAGGGCGGGGCCGGGCCUCCCUGUCCCCUGGGGGUAGAAGCCUCUUAAGGGCUGGCACCAGUCUCAGUCUAAUGACUUCGUGUGGCUCUCACCCUCUCCUACCGCUGCAGGAAGGCAGGGAGGGGGCUGGGAACCCCUCCUGUGUGGGGGCUGAGCUGGGGGCCCCCGGAGGGCCCUGAAUCUGGUUGUCACGGAGUUUCUUAAUAAAGGUAGCUCAU